AUGAAACUCCUCCAAUCGCCGAUAUCACAAGCUAAGGCACUUGUAAGCGGCAGCUUCAUAUCCGAUUAUGGAAAGAAAGAAGCCUACUCUGUACUAUCACUGGUGGGGAAAGCAUUAUUUUUUUCCAGGCGCUAUCAGCCUUGCCUUACAGGACAAUGUCAGUUGAAGGGGCUAAAUCUAAAUGUUGAAUUUCUCCCAUGCUCAUCUUUAAACAAGGAUAUGCUGGAGUUAGGUGAUGGCGUGAGGGGGAUUAGUGAAGAGGGAUAUUCUUUAGAGGUAGGACAUCAUUCCUUUGUAGUCAGUUCCUGGAUUUCUUCAUGUGGGAAACUUGGUUUAGGCUGCAGAGCUUGGCAUAAGGUGGUGAAUUUAAUCUCCACCUUGUCAAAAUCAUCUAGACAAUGUCUUUCAGGGUCCAUAGUGAUCGAAGAUAUUAACCAGUUGUUGUCUAAUUUUGUUUCUAUUUCCUACAACUUUGUGAAGAAUGUGGAUGCUGAUAUUGGUACUUUGGCCAAAAGGGCCUUGCAGAAAAUCAAAUUUCUAUUAACUUCUUGUAGCUUGUUUUCAUUAGUAUCUUGUAAGAGGACUUGUGUUCCUUAA